AUGGUUCUGAAAUCGCUGUUGUUAUUAAUGUUGUUUGUUGUAGUGGCGCAAUCAUGCAGUCGACGCCGUGGUGGCGGUGGACGUCGGCCGAGUUGUAAGCCCAUUUGCAAAAUAGAAUGUGACCGUAUUCGAAAUUGCGCCCAAGAAGGUUGCCCUGUUGAAACAACUUGCCGUAGAAUUUGUACUUGUAGAAGUGUUAAGAAACGGGAAGUUCAAACUGGUGAAAGCGAUGUAACUGUUUUGUUACCAGAUUUUCAUAAGUUUUCAGACUACGACAGUGAUCAAAAUGGUGAGAUUUCCAAAAGCGAAUUUUCGAGUGUGUUGAAUGUGACUGAGAAAGAUGCUCAGGAGGCCUUUGAGUUCCUUGACAUUAAUGAAGACGGGAAGAUAACUCCUGAUGAGUUUGAAACAAUCAAAAUGAGCGUAAACGAGACGGCGCGCGAUUAA